GAACGGAAAAACGGCGUCAUGCCGGUUGCCCUUAGGAUGCGGUCUCCUUCUGUUUGCGAACACCUCGAACCCAAUAUUUCCUCCCUGUCUUAAAGACAACGCGAGUAUCGUCAACAAAAAAACAAGAUUGAUUGAUUUGGGUUCUUCUUGUUACCUUUGUAUUUAUCCAUUCUUCAUGGACGCUCUCCUCUGGACCCCUCUGUAAUUAAUGACCGUUGUUAGACCUUAGAAAUAAUCUUCAAAUCCCCAGCUUUUGCUUUUUGUUUUUUUUUUUUUGUUUUCUCAAGGGUGUAGUUGAAUUGGAUUGGUUUGAAUCCACAGUCUUGUUUGUGGGCUCUAGUUCUUUUGGGUGUUCUUGCAGCAGGCAUUGCUUGAUUUCUAAUUUUCAUUUGGUUGAGUGUGAAUUUGGGUUUCUUCAAGAUGACGGGGGAGUUGAUGAUUGAAAACACAUUGAUUUUUGUUUUUCAUCUGAGGGUUGUUUUUGACAGUGAUUGAUUUAUGUCACGAUGGCUUUCUUCCCAACUGGGUCUUGCUCCGAUGAUCAACUCGGAUCUUUCUGCAUUAUUCCUGUUAGAUGUGCAACUGUGGCACCCAAAAGUAGUGAAUAUGUGGGGAUGUCUGGAACUGAGAUUGCAGCUCUAAAAGAAGCACUUCGUGCGCAACAACAGCUUCUGCAUAAACUAUACUUCGAACUCGAUGAGGAAAGAGAGGCCUCGGCUACUGCAACCAGUGAAGCUCUAUCCAUGAUCUUACGUCUACAAGAAGAAAAAGCUGCAGUGAAGAUGGAAGCAGAUCAAUAUAAGAGAAUGGCAGAGGAAAAGAUGUUCUAUGCUGAGGAAUGUCUAGCAGCUUUUGAAGAUCUAAUGUAUCAGAAGGAAUUGGAAACUGCAUCUCUUGAGUUUCAAAUCCAAGCUUAUAGGUACAAACUCUUAAGCAUGGGUUGUAGCGAUUUGGUUGCUGGUGAAAAAAUGUUCUCAGAGAACCUUUUGUUGCAAAGAAACGAUGCUCUUGUUGGGGAUGACUUUAGAAGGAAUAAUUCUUUGCCUAUGGCGCAACUCCAAGAUCUUCACUGCAAUUCCAUUGAAAGAGAAAGCUCUGCAGCUCCAGUGGGGGAUUCACUUUCAAUGACAGUGGAGGAAAACCUGGGUAGGGAAUUCAAUGCUCAAGGCUUUGAUGUGGGAAUGAAAUUAGAGAACUUUGCAGUUGGUCCUUCUAAUUCGUACUGGGAACAGAUCAAGAAGUUAGAUGGCACAGUGAAAGAUAUAUUAGAGAGAAAAGAUUCUAAAAAUGGAGACAAGUCUGUGAAUUUCAAGGGAGGGUUGUGGUCUGGUUCAUUACAUUCUCAAGUGCCAGAUCAAGUUAAGCAUCCUCGAAAUUAUCUGGAAAGUCAGGCAUUUGGAAAUGCCACUUGUUCCUUGAGUGUGAUUGAUUUUCUUGAAGUUGCUCAAGUUCAUCAGAAUCACAGGCAAAUGCAGAAGAAAGAACAGAGUGAACUGGGUGCAGAAGAUCAGGAGUCCAAAUUUUAUAAACCAAGUGAUGGGGUUGCUGUUGACUUCCGUUUUGCUCUUGUUCGCCCUGCAAUUGGUGUUGCUGAAUUUCAACCAGAUUUUCUACAGCUCGGUAAGAGAAUGAAGCAAUUUGAGGAUGAUAGAAAAGCUACGAGGCCAGGAGCUAGGCAUGGAUGGGAAGAAGGGAAAUUGUUAAAGGAAAAACAUGAGUUACCCUUACUAUCUGUCAUGGAGGCAAUGUUACACUUUUGGCUCUAAUCCAGCUAUCAAAUUGGAACUGCAUCAGACAACAGCAUCGUUGGUUGAACUUCCAUCCAUCCUUGGUUGUAGAUAUAAAUGUUGCUGCUAUUUUCAAUCCUCUGAGCUACGUGCAUCAUACAAAGAUUGUGCAGUGUGUGUGUCUGGUUGUUUUGGAGGAAUUGUGAUGUUUGAAACAUAUUUCAGUCUUGGUUUGAAUAUUUUUAACUUAAUAGUAUACUGUGUAUAAAUUGCAUUCUGUAAAUAAAACACUGCAUCGAAGUGUGCUUCAUAGGGUUUGUAUUAUAAAUAUUUUCAUAUAGUUCUCUCUUAUGAAAUUAAGAAUAUUGUAACAAUUAAUGUAGAGAAGUGCUUUUUUCUUCUUUGGAAAC